GUACAUCGGCUGCGCCCAAUGCCCUCCUAAAGCCGAUUGUGGAGUUCCUCGCUAUCAAGGUCAAGAAGCUGGACAGUGACGCUACGGAUGUGGAGGUGCUGUCCAUGGAGCCCCUGAUGCCGGCGCUCUUCCGCUCGGCCUUCCACCUCGCCAAGUUGCACCGGCCCUUCUCGGACUUCCCGGACAUCCUGCGCCUGCACGCGUCCAACGGCACGCCGGGCAUCGUGUUCGGCGGCCCCUACGAGUCCGACACCGCCGUUGUCGACAUGGUGGAUUGCAUGUCGUACGCGCUGGAGGCACAGAUGAAGGUGGAGCUGGAGAACGCGCGAGCCAUCACGGUCCUGGUGGACGAGUCCACUGAUCGUGGCCGCAGCCACAACCUGGCCGUGUACGUGUCUUACGUGGGGCCUGGCUUCCGUGUUUACUGCCGGUUCCUCAAGCUGGUCCAGCUGGGCAGCAACUGCGACGCAGGCGCGCUGGAGAGCAAGCUGCUCGAUGCCCUGAAGGGUUUCAACGUCGACCUGACCAAGCUGUUCGGCUUCACCAGCGAUGGUGCCAGCGUCAUGACCGGCGACCAGACCGGCCUGUCGGCUAGGAUGCAGCUGCACAACCCGUUCAUGCUCCGGUGCGUGUGCUUGGCGCACAAGCUCGCACUGUGUGUCGCCAACGUGUUCGCCACCUUUCCCGAGCUGGUGAAGCUGGACGCCACCAUCACCACCAUCACCGGCUACUUCGCCUUCUCCUGCAACCGCAAGGCCCGCCUUGACGAGCUGCUGGAGGCGCUGGAGGAGGAGGUCCUGACCGUGCUGCAGGUGCACAAGGUCCGCUGGCUGUCCCGCGAGCGCGUGGUUACGCGGCUGCUCAAGCUGUACGACCCGCUGCUGGACUACUUCAAGGAGGAGGCUGAGGCGAACGAGAAGGGCGCGCAGGAGAUCUACGACACACUGCGGGAGGUGACCAACAUACUCCAUCUGCACUGCGUUGGGGAGGUGCUGACGGUGGUGUCCGGGCUGACCAAGGUGCUGCAAAGCCGCGAGCUGUCCUACCUGGACAUCGAGGCCCAGGUGCUGACCACGCUGGAGGUCCUGGAGCGCGAGUACACCACCGGCAAGAUGCUGAAGGACGGCCCCUUUGCGCGCCUUGUUUCAGAGCUGCGGGGCGCCAACGGCCUGUACCGCGGCAAGCACUGGAUCUCGGUCAAUGGUGUGGAGGACGGCCCCAACGAGUCGUUCGCAAUCACCAGAAUCGGCCUACUCGAGGUGCGGUCCACUAUCAAGAUCGUGACGGCCAUCAACGAUGACGUGCGUGGGCGCCUGCUCGGUGUUGUGGACGUCGCCAAGCACUUCAGAAUGUUCGACCCCAACCAGAUGGCCGCCAUCGCCUCCACCCCGGCAGAGGGCUUGUACGGUGACAUUGAGCUGGAGCAGCUGCUGGAUUGGUACGGCAUCGCGCACGAUGGGCACCCUGCUGUUGUGGACGCCCAGCAGUGCCGGACCGAGUGGCUGAAGGCGCGGCGGAACCUGCUGCGUGCGGCUCAGGCGGCCAAGAGGGUUGUGGUGGCCAAGGCGGAGGAGGAGGCCAAGAAGGCGCCCCUGGCCAAGAAGGCUGUAGCCGCGGCGGCAGGCAAGACGGCCGCACCGCCUGCGACGGCCGCACCGCCUGCUGUGGCUGCACCGCCUGCUGCGGCCGCACCGCCUGCUGCGGCCGCGAACGUGCGCAUCCCUACGCGCGAUUUCUGGGCGCUACAGCUGUACAACCUCGAGCAGACGUCGCCCGCUCUCAGCUUGCUAGUAAACAUCAUGCUGGUGCUGCAGGCCACCAGCGUGGAGGUGGAGCGCGGCUUCAGCACCCAGAACUUGAUCAAGACCAAGCAGCGAACCAGCCUUACCAUGCAGAACCUUGACGCGCUCAUGCGCGUCAGCCUGCUGGGUCCGGAGCUGGGCGACUACUCGGACUUCAACGGGAACUUGCUGGUGCCCUCGCUGAGGCGCUGGUUCGACAAGAAGAAUCGCUGCCCAGCGCGGAGCUGCCACGGGCCGCGGACCGGGCAGCAGGCGGAGGGGGAGGGGCGCGGUUAGGGGUAGGGACAGCGGGAGGGGCAGGGGCAGGGGCACGGGUGGGGAGAGGGGCAGCGGGAGGUGCAGGUGCAGGGAGCGGGGAAGUGGGAGCGGCAGGUGCGCGGCUAUGUUGAGGGCAUGGUUGCGAAGGCUUUGUACAAGGACAGAAACUGGCUUUUAGGAUGCGGACUGCGGCUUUUAGGAUGCGGACUAACGGCGUUUAGGGAACUCUGUGUGAAUAUUGAGAUGCAUGCGCAAACAGGCAAGCUAGGAUAGGCUCAAGAAUCUCACACACGUCUGGCUUCCCGUCUGUUCGCGUUCACGUUCAGCAAGCAGUUUGAUUAGCGUUUGCUGUCGCCACGAUUAUUUUACCGUAC